GACGUACACAUUCCGCGACAGUACAUCCGAAGGCGUCAUGGCGGCUCCUAAUGAGAAGAAGCGUGGUCUUGAACAUUUGGACGAAUAUGAGCCUAAACCAGCGAAACACCUCCGCAGCCUGCACGACCGUAUGGCAGAGAGGAGACUGGUUGUUAUUCUGGAGGGAGCCUCGUUAGAAACAGUGAAGGUCGGAAAAACCUUUGAGCUGUUAAACUGUGACCAACACAAAAAUAUUAUUGUCAAAAGUGGAAGAAAUCCAGGACAUAUAAGACCAGACAUCACACAUCAGUGUCUGCUCAUGCUGAUGGACAGUCCACUGAACAGGGCAGGCCUGCUGCAGGUUUACAUCCACACAGAGAAAAAUGCCUUAAUAGAGAUCAACCCACAGACCCGCAUCCCAAGAACCUUCACUCGUUUCUGUGGCCUCAUGGUUCAGCUGCUGCACAAGCUGAGUGUCAGGGCCGCUGAUGGUCCUCAGAAGCUUCUGAGGAUGAUUAAAAACCCUGUGUCUGACCACCUGCCUCCCGGCUGCCCCCGCAUUUCCACCUCCUUCUCUGCUGGGGAGGCCGUCUGUCCCCGGACUUUGGUGCCAGAGGGACCGGCUGCAGUGGUGAUUGGAGCUUUUGCACACGGAGCGGUGAAUGUGGACUACACAGAGAAGACGGUCUCCAUCAGUAACUACCCCCUCUCUGGGGCACUGACCUGUGCCAAGAUAUGCUCUGCCUUCGAGGAAGUCUGGGGUGUCCUGUGACAGACAGUCAAUAAACUAUUGGUGUUGACUCGACAGAGACAGCAGAGUACAUUGACUUUUUUAAUGGACUAGGAAUGGAUAUGAUGUCCAUUUCACUAGUGCUGCCACAUGAACUACAGACGUGUCCUGUUAUACACUGUAUGUGUAUACCUAUUUGAUGGUGUUUGGCUACCAUGUGGAAUAUAAAAAGAUUUCUAUUUCCUUUUCAUGUAGAAGCAUGUUUUUAUAUUUAUAUGAAUUGCACCAAUUACUGGGUUUUGGAUUAUCAAUCAAUACAGUUACAUUAAAACAUCUCAAAAAAUGAA